AUGUGGCGAGGCCUUCAGAUAUUUUCCGCAUCAGAGACUCUCUCUGAGAGAAAGACCUUCGGUCCCAUUUCUCAGGAUGUGGAGGACAUACCUUCUACCGAAAAAGCUCAUGAGAAGAAUGAUUCUUUAUUAAGAGACGGACAAGAUGGCCUGAGCUAUCAACAAUACACAUGGCGGGAAGCGCGCAAACCAUUAUCAGCAUUGAGCAAGAUAGUACUGGUACUUCUGGUCACUGUAUCUCUGUGUGCCAUGGCUCCAAAUUUGACAGCAAAGGUCUCUCGGAAUCUCGAUAUUCUGGCUAACCUAACCCACUGCGGCUCUGAGCCCGGGUCUGUGGCACCGCUUUGGCCUCUGCAGACAUACAAAAGCUCUCCCAUCCAGACUCCAUAUUUAAAUGUGACAAAGCUGGGACAGACGGAACCAGGAUUGAUCUUUCUUACCACUCGCGAUAACCUGCGGGAUUUUAUUUAUCCUGCGAUUUAUUCCGAUGAUGGAGAACUGGUUUGGCAGGGCCCCAAGGGGUCGCACUUUGCACUUCAGCCACAAGUACUUGAUGACGAGCCUGUCCUGGUUUAUUGGGAAGGAAAGUUCAACCACGGCUUCGGACAUGGGCAUAUCAGUAUCCUGAACAGCACAUAUGAUGAGAUCCAUCGAGUGACUCUCGAUUGUGAACAGCAAAAUAUUGUCACGGUCUACGACGACGAUUCUGAAAUCGACUCAUGCAUUGAUCUCCACGAAAACCAACUCACAGAGAAUGGGACUAUCCUCGCAAUUGCGAUCAAUGUCACUCAGGCUGAUCUAACUUCAGUUGGUGGUCCGAAAGACGGUUGGAUUCAAGACGGUAUUAUCUACGAGAUAGAUAUCAAGACUAACAAGAUAGUCUUUCGAUGGAGUGCCUAUGAACAUAUUAACAAGCUUCCAAUGAGCUUUGUCACUGUUCCACUUGGUGCGCCCGGUGCUGGCUCAGGCAAUGAUAAAGCUAAUCCAUGGGGAUAUCCUCACCUGAAUUCCGUUGCAAAAUAUGGAGAUUCCUAUCUUCUAUCCUCAAGAAAUAUGUGCGGGGCCUUUUUGGUCGCUCCUAACGGUAGUGUCACAUGGAAUCUUCAUGGUCAAACUGGGGGUGACUUUAAUCUUGGCCUCGACACAAGCUUCUGUUACCAACAUGACGUGCGAGUUGUGUCCGGAAGCCCAGAGCGUGUGGUACUCAGUCUCCACAAUAAUGACAACGACGAUCUCACGAGAGGCGCCGCCUUAACAACGGGCAUGGUUCUGGAAGUUGAACUUACAGGAUCAAAGAAUGUGACUCUUAAGCGCCGCAUGUGGGAUCAUCUUGAUCCUGUAUUUAGUGUAGCGCAAGGUGGUUUUCAAUCUUUGCCCAACGGGCAUGUCCUGCUAGGUCAUGGAGCAGUUCCAAGAUUUGAAGAGUUUGAUGCCGACUCUCAAAUUGUGAUGCGUGCCUAUUUCGGGUACGACAGUAACAUGGAAAGUUACCGUGCAUAUCGAUCCCCAUGGGUUGGUCGCCCUUCAACAAAGCCAGAUGUCAUUGCAUGCCCAGCUGGAGAUGGUAUGAAAAGAACGGCCGUUUUUAUGAGCUGGAAUGGAGCGACAGAUGUAGAGUCGUGGAAGGUAUAUUCAGGCUCUCAGGUCAAAGGAACUGCUGUGCGGAAUGGGUUCGAGACCGCAGUUGUCAUUGAUGGGCUGGCCAAUGGCGACUCUGUCUUUAUCGAGGCUGUAGGCGGAGUCGGCAGCGGUGUCCAGUCUGCAACAAUCACUGUGGGACAGGGCUGUUGA